UCGGAAAGGAAGCCGGAGGGGAGGGGAAAGGGGCCCCUCCCCAAAAGGGGGCGCGUCCUUGGAGACCCCCGAGAAAGGAAAUCGGAAAAGAAUAGCGAGCGAGGGAAGCGGAGGGACAGAGAGGACAAAGAGAAAAUAAAUAGGAUUUUCUCCCCCACCCCCCAUUUAAGAAGAAAAUGGAGAAGGCAGUCAGAAUUCUGGUCGGCAAUGUCCAAUAGGAUUAACAAAGAACCAUUUAAAUGUAUGGAGUGUGAAAAGAGAGAGGAGAAAUAAUUUGAAAGUAUGGAGUGUGGGAAGAGCUUCAGUAGCAGUGGAACACUAAGAAAACAUCAAUGGACUCACACGGGGGGAAAACCAUAUAAAUGUAAGGACUGUGGAAAGGGCUUCACUUCUAAUCAAGUACUUAGAAGUCAUCAACGGACUCACAUGGGGGGAAAACCAUAUAAAUGUAAGGACUGUGGAAAGGGCUUUACUUCUAAUCAAGUACUAAGAAGACAUCAAUGGACUCACACUGGAGAGAAACCUUUUAAAUGCAUGGAGUGUGGAAAGAGCUUCAUUGAUAGAGGAACACUUCAAAUCCAUCAUCGAAUUCACACAGGGGAAAAACCAUUUAAAUGCGAGGAGUGUGGGAAGAGCUUCACUUAUAAGGGAGCACUAAGAAAACAUAAACGGACUCACACGGGGGAGAAACUAUUUAAAUGUAUGGCGUGUGGGAAAAGUUUCACUAAUAAUGGAACACUAAGAAGACAUCAAUGGACUCACACGGGGGAGAAACCCUUUAAAUGCAUGGAGUGUGGAAAGAGCUUCAGUCAGAGUGGAGACCUUAGAAAACAUCAACGGACUCACACAGGUGCAAAACCUUUUAAAUGCAUGGAGUGUGGAAAGAGCUUCUAUGCUAAUCGAAUUCUUAGAAGUCAUCAACAGACUCACACAGGGGGGAAACUAUUUAAAUGUAUGGAGUGUGGAAAGAAUUUCAGUAGGAGUGGAAGCCUAAAUUUUCAUCUUCAAACUCACACAGGGGGAAAACCUUUUAAAUGUAUGGAGUGUGGAAAAAGCUUCACUGAUAAUCGAGUACUUAGAAGUCAUCAAUUGACUCACAUGGGGGGGAAACCAUUUAAAUGUAUGGAGUGUGGAAACGGCUUCACUUCUAAUCAAGUACUUAGAAGUCAUCAACGGACUCACAAGGGGGAGAAACCAUUUAAAUGUAUGGAGUGCGGAAAGAGCUACAUUGAUAGUGGAACACUAAGAAAACAUCAACGGAUUCACACGGGUGAGAAACCAUUUAAAUGUAUAGAGUGCGGAAAAAGCUUCACUUAUAGUGGAACGCUAAGAAGACAUCAAUGGAUUCACAAGGAGGAGAAACCAUUUAAAUGCAUGGAGUGUGGGAAGAGCUUCACUGAGAGUGGAAAACUUAGAAUUCAUCAAUGGAUUCACACUGGGGAGAAACCAUUUAAAUGCAUGGAAUGUGGAAAGAGCUUCACUGGAAGUGGAAAACUUAUAAUUCAUCAACGCACUCACACUGGGGAGAAACCAUUUAAAUGCAUGGAAUGUGGAAAGAACUUCAUUGAUAGUGGAAACCUUAGAAUUCAUCAACGCACUCACACGGGGGAGAAACCAUUUAAGUGCAUGGAAUGUGGAAAGAGCUUCAGUGACAGUGGGAAAUUUAGAAGACACCAACGGACUCACACAGGGGAGAAACCAUUUAAAUGCAUGGAGUGUGGAAAGAACUUCAUUGAUAGUGGAACAUUAAGAAAACAUCAACGGACACACAUGGGGGAGAAACCAUUUAAAUGCAUGGAAUGUGGAAAAAGUUUCAGUGACAAUGGAAAACUUAGAAUUCAUCAGCGGACACACACAGGGGAGAAACCAUUUAAAUGCAUGGAAUGUGGAAAGAGCUUCCGUCACAAUGGAACCCUUAGAAUUCAUCAACGGACUCACACGGGGGAGAAACCAUUUAAAUGCAUGGACUGUGGUAAGAGCUUCAUUAACAGUGGAACACUAAGAAAACAUCAACGGACCCAUACAGGGGAGAAGCCCUUUAAAUGCAUGGAGUGUGGGAAGAGCUUCACUGAUAGUGGAACACUUAGAAUUCAUCAACGGACUCAUACAGGUGAAAAACCAUUUCAAUGCAUGGAAUGUGGAAAGAGCUUCACUGAUAGUGGAACACUUAGAAUUCAUCAACGGACUCAUACAGGUGAGAAACCAUUUCAAUGCAUGGAGUGUGGAAAGAGCUUCAGUCGGAGUGGACUCCUUACAAACCAUCAUCAUAUUCACACGGGAGAGAAACCAUUCAAAUGCAUGGAGUGUGGAAAGAGCUUCAGUCGGAGUGGCCACCUUACAAACCAUCAUCUUAUUCACACGGGGGAGAAACCAUUUAAAUGUAUGGAGUGUGGAAAGAGCUUCACUGAGAGUGGACACCUUAGAAACCAUCAUCUGAUUCACACGGGGGAGAAACCAUUUAAAUGUAUGGAGUGUGGAAAGAGCUUUAGUCAGAGCGGACACCUUAGAUACCAUCAAUGGACUCACAGAACGGAGAAACCAUUUCAAUGCUUGGAGUGUGGAAGGAGCUUCAGUACAAGUGGAGUUCUUACAAAACAUCAACAAACUCAUACAGGGGAGUAACAAUAUAAGUCCCAGGGAAGUGGACAGAGGUUCAGUUGUAGUGGAAGUAUUAUAAAACAUUCAAAAGACUCUGAGGGGUAAGAGCUCUAAGAGCAGUAACACCUACAGGCCAUGAAUUAACUCAAAGAAGAGAAAGGGUUUAUAGAGUAUAGAACCUGGUUCUCUCCAAGUUGACACUUUCUUUCACAUCAAUAACAAGAAAUCAAUCUGAAUUGCAUGCAGCGUAUGUGAGCUUCUGUUGUUUGUAACGUGGUCUAGACGUUUAUUUAAAGUAUUGAAGGUAGAAUUUCACAAUAGUAAGCAUAAUAUAAUAUUUAAUGUGAAUCUGUAGUGUUGCUUCUGAAUGAGGGUGGACUGAGAGUGAGCUGGUGUUGGUGUUUGGUGGAGGGAGCUGGAAAUGUUUAUAUCUGGGAAUGGAGAGUUGCUCAAAGUGGAGCUGAGACUGGUGGUGUUGCUUUGGAAGCAGAGUUAGACUAAUAUUAUAGGAACAGCAGCAUAACUCCCAUUGUUAUAGUUGCAAUAGUGGAACCAUGAAGACACAGAAAGAUUGAAAGCACCUACUUAUAUGCCGAAGGUAAUCUUGAAACCCUGAUCUAUUCUUUUGAUUUAUAGAUGCAUUAUGUCAGAUAUAAUGUGUAUAGAUAUAUUUGGUGGCAGGAGAAAUAAAAGGGGCAUUCCCUGGCAGAACCAGGAAAGGCUCUGUUCCCAGCUGCACGUUUUGCAUGAGGAGGGAAAGGGGCACAGGGAAGAAGGGGCCGUACCAGAGCAUCUCAGAGCAAUGUUGGGAGGGGCACAUGGUGACGCAAGUGUGUGUAGAAUGCUAUCCCCAAAAUGACGCAGACGAGAAACAAUAUGGAUGAGUAUAAUGUGGAAGGAGGUUCCGGUAGGUCCCAAACCCAGAGUGCUAAGGGUCAGCUUCCUCCAAUUCCACCAGCUGCCCCAAGGCACGAUCCCCCUCUGGGCCCUGAGGGUGGAAAGUCUCCUUGCACUUUUGCAACUGGACAUGAUCCGAGGGAGUCCUCCUGCCAGCAGAGCACAAUGCAUACUAUUGAUGUAAUUAUCUUAUUGUUGCUGUUGCCAUCAUGGACUGGCUGGAUGCAGAGAGGGGGGGGGGGCCCUUCUUUUCGCUCUCCUAAAUCUUCCACCAUUCCUGCUUCAUGCUUCACUGGAUUCCAUGAGUUUUAGUUUUAUUGGGGGGGGGGCUUUUCUCUAUCCUCUUUCUCCAUUCUAUCUGACAUGUCCUUCCUUCCUCGUCUUCUCUCCAAACUGAAAGGUCCCAGAUACUGAACUGUGCACAGUACUCCAAAUGUGUUCACACCAUAGGUCUGUUGAGAAUUUCCAUUCCUCCUUAAGGAGCAGAUAUGGGUUUGUUAUGUGUCACCUGUCUGUUUACAUUCCAGCACAGUAUGCUUCCGUUGUGCGUAUAGCUUUUGCUUUUCUCUGUCUCUCUGAGAAUACAAAGAGAGAGACGAAAUGUUUCUUUAUCCUGAUUUAUGAUUAAUAAAUCCGUAGUUGUA